AUGCAAAAGAUUCCUUAUUCAUCAGCUAUUGGGAGUCUAAUGUAUUGUCAAGUAUGUACGCGUCCAGAUAUUGUGUACAUUAUUAGGAUGUUGGGUAGAUAUUUAAGUAACCUUGGUAUGAACCAUUGGAUAGAAACCAAGAGGGUUAUGAGGUAUCUUCAGAGAAUAAAAGAUUACAUGCUCACACACAGGAAAUCAGAUCAUUUCGAGGUUGUAGGGUAUUCGGAUUCUGAUAUUACUGGAUGCAAAGAUAGCAAAAAGUCUACAUCAAGCUAUAUUUACCUAUUAGCUGGAGAAGCUAUAUCCUUGAAAAGUGUCAAACAGACACUUGUAGCUUCUUCCACCAUGGCAGCAGAAUUUGUAGCAUGCUAUGAGGCAUCAAAUCAUGGAAUAUGGCUGCGAAAAUUUGUCACUGGGCUGCACAUUGUGGAGAAUGUAGAAAGACCACUCAAGUUAUUUUGUGACAAUAAUUCAGCAGUGUUGUAUUCCAACAACAAUAGGAGCUCAUCCAAGUCAAAACAUAUUGACAUAAAGUUCCGAGUUGUGAAAUAG